ACUCUAAAACGGCGCAUAAAAAAGCUCACAAAACGAAAAAGAAAAACCCCAAUAAGACAAGAAAAGUAUUACCGACCGUUCAACAUAUUGCCUUGGCUUCUGCUUGUGUUUUUCGUUGGGUUUGGAAACAGGAAAAAUCAAAGCUCAGAGAGGCAUGGAGUCAAAGGUUUAUGUCCCUUCUUACGCCUCGCAACCGACCCCAUUAGUAGUCCAGGCCUACCCAUAUAAGCGCGCGCUUUCCAGUUCAUCCUCAGCGCCAACAGGUUCUCUUCCUAUCCGAGCUCCUCCUACCCUUGAUUCUGAUUCUGAUUCUGAAUCCGUUGGUCACAAAACGUUUAGUACCAGUAGUAGUAGUAGUAGUGGUGGUGGUGGUUACAAUGGGUAUGAGUCUGACGAACGCUUUCUGACUGGGGAGGAGUUUGAGUCGGCGUCGGAGAGGCCAUUGGUUGCAGAGCCGGAUGAGGAAACCUUGGAAGUGAGUGAAAAUUUUGAACCUUUGAGGCCUUUUGUGGCAUACCCAGAUAGGAGAAGCUUAGAAAGUUCUAUAGAAGACGAGGAAGAGAGCGGUGAAUAUGGCCCUGUUGUUGAGCCUGUUUUGGUGGAUAGUCCCAACUUGAACCGGAUUAUGCCCAAAGCUCAGUUAUCUAUGGAUGAUGAUGAUGAGGAGGAGGAGGAGGAAAUCGUGGGUGAAGUUGAUGAAGAUAGUGGGUUUUUGGGCACAGUGAGAGUUCCGGGUUUUGAGGUAUUAGAGAAGAUUGAUGGUUCUCCUAGAAUUACGGCACUGGGCGUUGACAAGAAUGAGUUGGUGGACUGGAGGGAUUCUAUAACUGUCAAACAAUCUGAGCCUCCGUUGGAGGUCAAAGUUGUGGAGGUUGAUAAAGUUGUUGAAGCACAAAAUGGGGUUUUGGGUGUUGGAAUGGAGAAGGCAUUGAUUGUGGAGAGGCCUGGUGAGGAUACUGCAUCGGCUGAAGUGAGUCAAGACAUGGGUCUUGGUGCUGCAGAGGUGGCUAAUGUCGAGUCUUUGAUUGCAAAUGGGGAGUAUGUUAUGGAGAAAAAUGGGAAGUUGGAUGAGGAUGCUAAGCAUUCUGGUGAAGAAAAAGGAGUAGACAAGGAGGAGAUUGAAUUGAAUGCUGCGGAUGGAGGGCAGCGAGAGAUUGUUGGACUGAACGAGGAUGGUGGGGUAACCAUGAAAUCCUCAAACCAGAGGGAAACAGUGGCAGAUGCUGAAGAGGCCAAUGAAGUGAUGGAAGAAACUUCUAUUACAAUCAAUGAAAGUGAUGUACUAAGCUCAGAUACUGAAGAUUGUAUUCAUUCCAAUUUGUGUAAAGGAAAUAGAGUUGUCACUCAGCUAGAGAAGCAGAGUGUAAGAAAUGGUUUUGCUGCGACCAUGGAACCUAACCUCCUGGAAUCGAGUCCUGAAGUGGAGGAAAGUUUCAAAUAUGUGGCAAAAGAACCUAUGUUUAGCCAAAACAGUGGAAGCAGCAGACUUGAUGUUAGUGGAAGUUUUGAUCUUGACAACGGGAGUCAUAGUGAGAAAAUAGAAAGCAAAUUGCAGCCCGGAAUUGACUUGGGAGUUGGAUUCCAUGAUGCCACAGCUUCCACCCAAGUUGAAUCCCUUAGCGAUGGGCCUGAGGGAAAUGAACUUACUCAUUCUAAUUCUUCUGAAUCUGUGAUACUGAGCUCCAAUGUGGCAUAUGAACUGAAACAAGUGAAAAAAGAUGAAGCAAAUAUUGAUCCAGACACAAUAAAAGGAGUAUUAGAAGGGAAUAGAGGUUCACUGCCUGAUGAAGAUGCUCAAGGUUUGAUUUUGGGAAGCUCUGAAACAGCCAAAACAUUGAUGCACGAAUUUGAGCAGAGACUAAUUUCCUCUGAUAAGGAAGUGCAGGGUCUUCAGGAUCGUUCAAGAGUUGGUGAACAGAUUGUCAUUGACUCAGAUGAGGAAGUGGAUGAAGAUAGGGAUGGUGAAAGAAAGCAAUUAUUUAAUUCUGUUCCAUUGGAGGCGUCCCUGAAAGCAGUAACUGGUGCUAACUCAGAGGAGCAUUCCACUUGCUUAGAUUCCUUAUUCCAUUCUCCGAGACCUGCUCCUAGACUAAAUUGCCCCAGCCCAAUAGCUGGGGGUGAAUUUGAGGACAACCUAAGUGAAGAAGAAAAGAAGAAAAUUGAGAAGAUACAACUCCUAAGAGUGAAAUUCUUGAGGCUUGUACAGAGGCUACACAUUUCGACUGAAGAUUUCAGAGUUUCAAAAGUUUUAUAUAGGUUUGUCCUGGAUGCAACGAGGUACUCUAGUCAGACAUUUAGCCUUGAGUCAACCGCAAAGAGGCUGGCUAUGCAACUUGAAGCAGAGGGUAAAGAUGAUUUAGACUUCUCAUUAAAUGUUCUGGUGCUUGGCAAAACUGGUGUGGGAAAGAGUGCAACUAUUAAUUCCAUUUUUGGUGAGGAAAAAGCGAUGGUUGGUGCAUUCGAACCUACCACAACAACUGUGAAAGAGAUUGUUGGAACAAUUCAUGGUAUCAAGAUAAGAUUCCUUGACACACCAGGUUUUAGGUCUUCUGCGAUGGAACAAUCUAUCAAUUGGAAAAUAUUAGCAUCGAUCAAGAAGUUUUUGAGGAAGUUCCCUCCAGACAUUGUCCUCUACGUAGAUCGUUUUGAUACCACUCAGAAUAGAGAGCUUAUUGAUUUUCCAUUGUUAAAGUCAAUUACUAGUUCUCUUGGUUCAUCGAUAUGGUUAAAUGCUGUUGUAACUCUGACUCAUGCUGCUUCUGAUCUCCCAGAUGGACAAUCUAGGUCACCCCUUGGCUACGACAAAUUUGUUUGUGAACAAUCCAAUGUUAUUCAGAAGUCCAUCAAUGAGGCAGUUGGUGAUCAGCAAUUGAUGAAUCGAAGUUGCAUGUGUCCAGUGUACCUAGUUGAGAACCAUCCAUUGUGUCAAAAGAACAGUUCCGGGGAAAGAGUGCUUCCCAAUGGACUUAUUUGGAGACCCCAUUUAUUACUUAUGUUUUACUCAAUCAAGUUCUUAUCUGAAGCAACUGCUAUAUUACUACCUCAAAACACAGUUGAUUACCAAAAGCUUUUUCGAUUUGGGCUCUUCCCACCUCCAACUUAUUUCUUGGCUUCUCUCCUGCAGCCGCAUGCGCAUCCAAAACUCUCUGGUGAUCAGGGAGGUGAUGAUGUAGACUCAGAUACUGAGUUGUUGAAUUUAUCGGUUUCUGAGGAAGAAGAUGAGGACGAGUAUGACCAGCUUCCACCAUUCAUGCCUCUGAGGAAAUCUCACAUCGCUGAGCUCAGCAAGGAGCAAAGAAAAGCAUAUUUUGAGGAGUAUGAUUAUCGGGUGAAGCUCCUUCAAAAGAAGCAGUUAAAACAGCUGAAAAGGUUGAGGGAGAUAAAGAAGAAAGGCAAAAAUGGUGGCAACAAUUAUGUUUCCAUGGAGGAAGACGAGGACCAGGAGGAUGGAAAUCCAGUGGAUGUGCCAGCUCCCUUACCUGACACGGUUCUCCCGCCUUCCUUUGAUGCAGAUCAUCCUACAUUCAGGUAUCGUCUUUUGGAGCCUGCAUCUGAUCAGCUUCUUGUGAGACCAAUUCCAAGCACCGAGGGAUGGGACCAUGAUCUUGGGUAUGAUGCUAUUAUGCUUGAAACAAAACUUGUGAUUGCCGGUAAAUUUCCUGCUGGUUUUGGGUUUCAGAUCAUGAAGGAUAAAAAAGAGUUCAGCAUGUACUUGGAUUCCUCAGUUGCAGCAAAGCAUGGGGAAAAUGAAUCAACUAUGGCGAGGUUCAGCAUUCAGACCAUUGGAGAGCAGCUUGCCUACAUCCUAAGAGGAGAAACCAAGGUAAAAUAUUUCAAUAUUAACAAAACAACUGCUGGGGUGGCUGUCACUUUUUUAGAUGGGAAUGUGGCCACUGGACUCAAAUUCGAGAAUCAGAUUGCUGUUGGAAAGCGGUUGGUUUUGGUGGGAAGUACUGGAGUUGUCGGAUCUCAAGAUGAAACAGCAUUGGGUGCAAACUUGGAAGUACGCCUCAAGGAUGAGGAUUUCCCUUUAGGGCAGGACCAGUCCACGUUCGGUAUUUCUCUGGUUAAAGCAAGAGGUGACAUGUCUCUCUUGGCCAAUCUACAUUCUCAGUUCUCCAUCGGACAGAGUUCUAAAAUGGCUAUCCGUGUUGGAAUGAACGACAAGCGAAGUGGGCAGAUUACUGUCAGGACAACCAGCUCGGAGCAGCUCCACAUUGCACUCUUUGGCAUCCUUCCAAUUGCAGUCUCCAUCUUUAGAAGCAUCUGUCCCGGUUUUAGUGUGAAAAACUAACCGUAUUACUAGGUGUUUGUUUUCCUUUCGUUAGGCUAAAUCCUUAGUAUAAGCAAGUUGCCAACUUCUUUUUAUAAUUACAUUCAGUCUGCAGUUCUUUUA